AUGGCUGCUUUCCAGUCGUUUGUAGUGUGUUUUAUAGUUGCUUUUGCUGUUAUUGUGAGCCCUACAUGUGCGGCACUCACCUACAAUUUCUAUGACGAAGUUUGCCCUGAGGCACUCCCCGCCAUCAAAGUAGUUGUCAAGAGUGCUAUUAUUCGUGAGCCACGCAUCGGCGCAUCACUCCUACGCCUGCAUUUCCACGACUGCUUUGUCAAUGGUUGUGAUGGAUCAAUUCUGCUGGAUGACACCGCCAACUUCACCGGAGAGAAGACGGCCUUACCAAAUUUCAACUCACUCAGGGGUUUCGAUGUGGUUGAUGAAAUAAAAACUGCUGUCAACAAAGUUUGCGGUCGCAGUGUGGUCUCUUGUGCAGAUAUCUUGGCUGUUGCUGCUCGUGACUCUGUCGAUAUUUUGGGAGGUCCUUCCUAUUGCUACAAAGUUUUGUUAGGCAGAAAAGAUGCAAAAAAUGCAAGCAAGACUGACGCAAAUAACGAUCUUCCUCCCCCGUUUUUCAACCUCACUCAACUUCUCUCUAACUUCCAAUCUCAUGGACUCAACUUGAAAGACCUUGUUGUCCUCUCCGGCGGCCACACAAUCGGACUCGCCCGGUGCAUCGCCUUCCGGGCAAGGAUCUAUAACGAUACCAAUAUUAACCCCGGCUUUGCAGCCUCCCUGAAGCAAGAGUGCCCUUUGACUGGAGGAGAUAACAACACGCAGCCUUUUGAUGCGACUCCGACGAGAUUUGAUACAGUUUACUUCAAAUCCUUGCUGGAAUCAAAGGGUCUCCUCCAUUCCGACCAGCAGCUUUUCAAGGGUGAUGGGAGUGCAAGUGAUAUGCUGGUGCGCCAAUACAGUAACGACGGCGUUGCUUUCGCCAAAGACUUUGGUGUUUCCAUGAUCAAGAUGGGUAACAUCAAGCCUCUCACUGGUACUGAAGGAGAGGUUAGGUUGAAUUGCAGGAGAAUCAACUAG